AUGGGUAUCAUAUUUUCAAAAAAAAACAACAAUAUUGAAAAUUUUUUAAUAAUGGAAUCCAAAAUUUCGGAAAUGGAAACCAAAAUUAAAACUUCAAAAAAUUUUCAUAAUAAUAUUUUUUGGAAAUUUAUUUUCUAUUGUUUCAUAAUAGAAUUUAUUUUAUUUUUAAUUUCAUUUUCAAAUUCUCUUUCAUUCAACACCUUGUUUGAAAAAUCAAAGUGUUAUAAACAUUCUUUUUUAUUCCCAAUUAUAAUUGGUAUUAACAUUUAUCAUUUUAGAUUUUUUACUUUAGCUACAUUAUAUAGAUUUUUAUUCCAAUCCUUAAUAAAAAUCUAUAGGGAAAAAUUAGAAAAUUUAUAUUUCGGUUUUAAUAAAUUAUUAGAUGAUGAAAAACUUAAAACCGAUAUUGAAAAUUUAAAAAAACAUUUAGAGAUUUACGAAAAUGUUUUAAAAAAAAGAAAUUUUAAUAAUAGGGUUCAUCAUGAACAACAACAACAACAACAACAACAACAACAACAACAACAACAACAACAACAACAACAACAACAACAACAACAACAACAACAAACAAAUCUACCAGAGCUACCAGAGCAACCAAAAAUACAACAACAACCACCAGAAAACAGCAUCAGUAGCAACAUUAACAAUAAAACAGAUAAACGUUAUAAUCUUUCUGAUUCAUUUUUAUUAGAAAAAAUUAAAUAUAGUUUAGAAUCAGAAGAUAAUAAUAAUAUCUUGGAGGCAUUAAAAGUUAUUGAUAAUAGCUUAUCAAAGGGUAACUUUUUAAGAAGUUUAGCAACUCAACAAAUUAACCUCCUUAUUAAAAAUGUUUUAAACUGUGCAGUUUAUUAUGAAAAGGCAUCAGAUGAUGUAAAAACUAUUAGUAGUCUAAUAGUUUCCAAAGUAUUUGCUGAAGCAUAUUUUGAUCCAAAUAUUCCAAAAGAACAUCUAGAUAUGGUUGGAUCAUAUAUCGAAGAGCUAUACAACAUUAUCACCAAGUGUACAAAGACAUACUAUAGACUAUAUCAAAUCGAGGGAGCUGUUUCAAUAUUUAAAGAUUUCUCCAUUGCCCUCCAUGACAACAAAACAAAUGAUAAAAUCCAUGAUGUAGAAAUAAUUGACAUGGUAUGGUGUUCCACAUUGGAUCUUUUUGAAGAAUUAGAAUGUCUCCACUUUCACGAAGCAUACCAACAAUUCCAUAAUGAUACUUAUAAUAUUAUUUGCAAUUAUUAUUAUUUUGCCAGUGAAAGCAUCCGCUCUGAACACUUCAAGAGAUUCAUGGAAAUUAAAAAUUCCUGGGGUUAUAUGUAA